AUGUUGUCCAGGAAAGGACUCAUUCCUGAUGAUUACUUACUGACCCGUUUGGCUGAAGAUGUCCAGCAACCAAAGUUUAAGGCGAAAUCCGGGAAGGCCCGAUUCAUCGCCAAGAACGGCGCCUGUAACGUAGCGCACACUAACAUCAGGGAGCAGGGCCGGUUCUUACAGGACGUCUUCACCACUCUGGUGGAUCUGAAAUGGCUCCACACCCUGAUCAUAUUUACCAUGUCCUUCCUCUGCAGCUGGCUUCUUUUUGGGAUGAUCUGGUGGCUCGUCGCCUUCGCGCACGGCGAUCUGGACCAAAGAGGAGACGACUUUGUGCCGUGCGUAACGGACAUUCACUCCUUCUCCUCCGCUUUUCUCUUCUCCAUUGAGGUGCAGGUGACCAUCGGCUUUGGGGGCCGAAUGAUCACGGAGGAGUGCGUCUCCGCCAUCAUCAUCCUUAUCAUGCAGAACAUCGUCGGGCUGGUCAUCAACGCCAUCAUGCUGGGCUGCAUCUUCAUGAAAACUGCGCAGGCUCACCGGCGCGCAGAGACGCUCAUUUUCAGUAAGCACGCCGUGAUCUCCGUCCGCAACAACAAACUCUGCUUCAUGGUCCGCAUCGGUGACCUGAGGAAAAGCAUGAUUAUCAGCGCCACCGUGCGGAUGCAAGUAGUCAGGAAAACCACCAGCAAGGAAGGAGAAGUGGUUCCUCUGGACCAGAUAGACAUCCACAUGGACAACCCUGUGGGGACCAACGGCAUUUUCCUGGUGUCCCCCCUCAUCAUCAGCCACAUCAUCGACAAGGACAGCCCUCUGUAUGAGCUGUCCGCCGCUGACCUGCUGCACAACGACCUGGAGGUGAUCGUGGUUCUGGAGGGGGUGGUGGAGACCACGGGUAUCACCACGCAGGCCAGAACCUCGUACGUAUCGGAGGAGAUCCUGUGGGGACAGCGUUUCGUGCCCACCGUGUCCGAGGAGGACGGCAAGUACGCAGUGGACUACUCCAAGUUCGGAGUAGUCAUGAAAGUCCCGACUCCGAGCUGCAGCGCCAAAGAACUGGACCAAGCCGGAGGGAUCGCUCAUUUAAAGCUGAGCGAGGGCGUCACCUUGCGGCCGUCUGUGAGAAAGCGGCGGCAAACUGUGAUCCGCAGGUCAAAGCCGGUGGACAGCUGACAGACUGUGUGAACAGAUGAGAACCUGGUCAGCAUUUUUUUAUCCGAAUAAAUUAAAUCUUGAGAUUAAUAUUUAAUACGAUCGUGUUCAUAUUAUAAAAAAGUGAUAUAUACAUAAUUUUACACAGGGUGAGUUUGAUGCACAGUUAGAAUUAUGCACUGAGCCUGUAAAAAUGUGACUUACCGUAACUCUGCCUUACACUCGAACAUUUUGACCAGUUGGAUCAGAAGAUAUUCAAUCCUGCAAAACAAACAAACAAACAAAAAACACCAAACAAAGCAGUGCAUCGUACAACCUGUGCCAAUAUCCGCAUGUGGACAUAUGGUUUUAAAUGGAGCCCUUUUCUCAGGAUGGCUGUUUCACUAACAAUAAGGACCUUUCUUUUCUAUCUUUGUUUACCACACUUGACUGCAUGUUCAUAGUCACAACAAAAGAUCAUUUUCAUGCCUGAACUGUCACCUUUUUUCCCUCCUUGAGGGGCUGCUUGUGUCCAUUUUAAACAGUGACUGUUAGUUCUAGAAUCAAAGUUUAAGCAUUCUUUGUAGUGCCCUAACUCAACGGCAGUUCUCCCUAAAGGGGGCGCUAUAGAGCUAAUAGUCC